AUGCUUGGAAUAAUUCCGCUUCCGUUUGGAAAGCCGCAGCCUCAGUCCCGCCGCCGCCGCCCGCCGCGUCCGCUCAGCGCCAGCUCCGCGUCCUGACCGGCCCGUGGCUGUCUGCUCCGCGCCAUGGCCACCUCCCCGCAAAAAUCGCCCUCUGUUCCCAAGUCCCCCACUCCCAAGUCGCCGCCUUCCAGGAAGAAAGAUGACUCCUUCUUGGGGAAACUCGGAGGGACUCUGGCUCGGAGAAAGAAAGCCAAGGAAGUUUCGGAGCUUCAGGAGGAAGGGAUGAAUGCCAUCAAUCUGCCCCUCAGCCCAAUUCCCUUCGAACUGGACCCUGAGGACACGAUGCUCGAGGAGAAUGAAGUUCGUACGAUGGUGGACCCAAAUUCACGCAGUGACCCCAAACUGCAAGAGCUGAUGAAGGUAUUAAUUGACUGGAUUAAUGAUGUGCUGGUUGGAGAAAGAAUCAUUGUGAAGGACCUGGCUGAAGAUUUAUAUGAUGGACAAGUACUACAGAAGCUCUUUGGUAGGAGAGUAGAACGUUGCGCUGGAUAUCUUAGCUGCAGGGGCAUGGGUUACAUCCUCUUAAUUAAUAGGAGGAGUUCUGCUGUUCAUGCCAAGAGCCUGGUAGCCAUCUUGCAUCUGCUCGUUGCUCUGUCCCAGUAUUUCCGGGCACCAAUCCGUCUCCCAGACCAUGUUUCCAUUCAAGUGGUUGUGGUGCAGAAACGAGAAGGAAUCCUCCAGUCUCGGCAAAUCCAAGAGGAAAUAACUGGUAACACAGAGGCUCUUUCUGGAAGGCAUGAACGAGAUGCCUUCGACACAUUGUUUGACCAUGCUCCAGACAAACUCAACGUGGUGAAAAAGACCCUCAUCACUUUUGUGAACAAGCACCUGAAUAAACUGAACUUGGAAGUCACAGAACUGGAAACCCAGUUUGCAGAUGGAGUGUACCUGGUGCUGCUCAUGGGCCUCCUAGAGGGCUACUUUGUGCCCCUGCACAGCUUCUUCCUGACCCCGGAUAGCUUUGAGCAGAAGGUCUUAAAUGUCUCAUUUGCCUUUGAGCUCAUGCAAGAUGGAGGUUUGGAAAAGCCAAAACCACGGCCCGAAGACAUCGUCAACUGUGACCUGAAGUCCACACUACGGGUGCUGUACAACCUCUUCACCAAGUACCGGAAUGUGGAAUAA